AUGGAGUUUUACGUAGUGGGCGACGUGAAGCUCGAUGAGCUCACAGAUAUAUCAGUUAGCAGCUCAGACCUAGCACCGAUUUCUUCGUGUGCGCCUGCCUUUGACGAUUUUGGAUUCACAAGAAAGCGUCGAGACUCGUCGUCUUGUUCGUUGGAGAGCGAUGCCCCUUCAACAGCGCCGUUGCGGUGGAUUGACGAGUCAAAGACGUUUUUUCCCGAGUCAAAUCCACUGCCAACUCAGCCAGGAUCGGUGUCGUCGGAUGACGUGGACAAGAUUAGGAAACGUCUCAGGAAACGCAAGCACAGACCUUCAGAGUCGGGUGUCAAGAGCAUCCCUGCAAAUGACAAGAGAAUGAGAAACACGUUGGCUGCUCGUCGGUACAGAGAGCGUCAGCGGAAGGACGUGGAGAUACUCGACAAUCGCAUCAAGCAGAUUGAAGAGGAGCUCAACAGCGCCCGACUUGAGAUCAUGUGGUGGAAGAUGGAAUCGCAGCGAUGGCGGGAAGAAGCGGAGAAACUUAGCAAGAGUCUGUAG